AGAAUCGCACCCGUACCGCCCGAGUUGUUUUGUCUGUGUGUUCUCAGCCAGCCAUUGAGUUCUAGCAAGCCAGUGUUGUUUGUUGACUGUCGUGUGUUGUAUCACCCCACCUCGGUGCCGUGUGUUGUUGGUGGUAGAAACCGUUCCUUUGGCUCUUUUGAAAUUUCUAGAUAGCCAUUGAGUUUGAGCAUAUUCGCACUCGAUUUAGAGACAUUGUCAAAACAACUGCUACAUUAUGGAUUCACUUCGAGAACAAGUGAUGAUCAACCAGUUCGUCCUCGCUGCCGGAUGCGCCCGGGAACAGGCCAGACAACUGUUACAAGCAGCACACUGGCAAUUCGAGACGGCCUUAAGUAUUUUCUUCCAAGAAGUCAGCGUGGCCAAUUGCGGAGGAGCCGGCCAUGCCCACCUCCAUUACAAUCAGUUGUGUACGCCAGCCAACACGCCAGCGACACCUCCCAAUUUUCCUGACGCCCUGGCCGCCUUUGCCAAACUUUCAGCUUCAGAUAAAUACGGGACUUCGCCAGGUAUCUAUUCUACAUCGCCCAAUCCGACGGCGGCCUACCUCACCUCACAGCACAUGCACGGCUACGGUGCCCAGCAACCUCUGCAGCCACAGCAACAUCAACAGCAAGCCGGACAUCGGUCAACUUAGAUGACGUCCUUUCAUCAUCUUAAGUUUUGUUGUUUGUUUUUUUUUUUCCGUUUAUUUCGUAUGUGUGUUUUUUUUUUGGCAUACCGACGAACCACCCACAUUAAAACACCUCAUUUUGAAAACGAUUGGUUCGUAGAGAAAAAAAGAACGCUAGGUUUGAUUUUGUUGAGAAAGUUAAAUUUACCUCCAUUAUUCCCCCCCCCCCCCCCUGCUACCCUCCCAGUUUCUUCGGGCAGAUUUGGCAGAAAUGCAAGGAAAAGACGGACAUCUGAGGCCAAACGAAUCGCGAUGGGACAAGGAAGAAGAUAAAUCCUCUUCGAUCUCAUUCCCCUCCUUUUUCUCUCUUUCUUGUACGCGCUGGAUAAAAACAAAACAAAAAAACAAUUAAUUAUUAUUAUCAGCCUCACAUCAAUAUCAUGUUGUUGCUGUCGUUGUUGUAGCACUUUGCUGUCAACUUCACAAUCCUCACCCAUACACACACACACAUACACACCUAGUUCCCCUUUACCAAUGUCUUGCGCGCUGGAUCGUGUCCUUUUUUUUAGUAUCGUCCAUGAAUGUAAAAUAUUCAAGAUUUUCCUCCGCGCCCCUCCCCCCUUUUUUUCGAAUAGCCAUCCAGCAAAAAUUCGGAUCCGUUUCCUUUUUUUUUUUCAAUUUGCUUAAUGUCCUAAUUUAAAGAAAACAAGAAAACUGCGGGAGUGUGAAGGACGAUGUCGUAGAGGGUAAAAGAAAAAAUAUUCGAAGACUUACCUGGUAGUCUUGCAAAUUUCGUUAUAGUUAAUUAUUAUAAAUUCGUGUGACAAACAAUGAUUGUAGGAAUGUUUUCCCCUUGAUUUUUUUUUUGCAGAGGAGAAAAAAAUGCAUGGCGUCAAUUUUCUUUGAUUUUCUUUUCUUCAUUCUGAAUUCGGAAAGGCCAAUGGCUGUUCGGUAUUCUCAUUCAAAUGAAUACGAUUUAAAAAAAAAAAAAAUUACAACUACAAUAUCCUACUCCUCAUUUCUCACUUAAAUGUGUGUGUGUGUGUGUGUGUGCUGUUUGUGUGUGUGUCUGCAUCAUCAAAAUAAUCCUUCACUCAGUGUAUCCACUUUUUUCCUUUAUUUACGUGUUGCUCCUCCCAAUGGAUGUACAUGGCUGUUUACAUUUCAUUCAUAACUUUGAUAAUCUAGUACAGACGGACCAUUGGCAAAGAGAGAAAAAAAAGGGCCAGUUGGAAGAGAUGACGUCAUUUGAAAUUGGCUUCUAGCAAAAAACAAAAAUCACUUGGGCUACAUUAGCUUCCAUUGAAUGAAGAAAAGGCAAAAAAAAAGAAGUUAUUAUUACAAAAAAUUUGCAAUUCUUGGUAUUUUUACACGACGAAGAUGAAACUGAGCGUGUGAGUGUGUGCUGUAAAUGUUGGGUGUCAAUGUGUGUCUUAAUGUGUACAUUUUUUUGCCAGUGAUGUAAGUUUGUUUUCUUUAUCUUCCUCUCCCGUCAUCCUUAAUUCUCUGAAGACAAUUACAAAUGCACGUCGCCAAAAAAACAAACAAA